CAAUAAUUGGUCGGCGCUCACCGCACAUGGCGGGUGUUGAUUUGGAGCCAUGUGCCUCUCCACAUUUUUUUAAUAAAAAAUGAGGAGAGCGAUAUACGCUUGUAUUGAGUAUUUUGUAAAUAUAUUUUGUAAACUUAAUACAAGUGAAUUUUAACUUCAUCCAUUGCAAGCGCAAAGGAUUUUAAUUUUAAGAGUAAUUUUAAUCGACUUCCUGAUUUUCGGCGUUCCUAAAUAACAUUCAAACUUCCUUAAUAACUAACUUAAAAGAACUUAUUACUAUAAAACACAACGUAAAACAAAGGAUCCUAACCUAUAGACGAUCACAUAUUAAAUUUAUUGGCCAAAUAAAUAAAUAAACCUUUGGAAAGGCAUAAAAUUUAUAUUUCCUGAUCAAACGGCUUAUUUUUAUGGAGUAGAGAGUUGAAGAGAAAAAGAGGAUGGUUACACAGUGUACAAAAAUAUAUAACCAUCGAUGUUUAAAACUUUUAUAAUAAUUUCUGUAGCGUCAAUUUUUUUCCCGCGUAAGCAAUAUGAAACAUUUCCGAUACAUGUAAAUCGAUGCUAACUGGCAUUAUAAAUCAGCCUUGUUCGUACGGCGUCGUAAAGUACAUUUAUAUUCAAGUUACCUGGACCCGAUCUGUUUUUUUCUUUUUCUUCUCCUUACUUUAUGUGCAUCUUAUUACGGUCCGGCCAUAUUCUGUAAUCAGAUGCUCAGUAAUAUUCCGUUUUUCGUGCGAUACGUAUAAGAUCGUCGGUCAAACAGCUAGAAUUAUGUUUAACACCAAAAUAAAUCAUAAGACAGUAUUUAAAACACAGUAUAUGCGUAUCUGCAGUAUUAUAUCGGGUUACAGAUUAAGAUAUUUGCAUAAACAAAGCCCUAAUUGUGAUAAGCUAAUGAAUUUUAACGAUAUUCCCGGCCCCAAGAGCUAUCCGAUUCUUGGAACUUUACACAAAUAUGUGCCGAUCGUAGGAGAAUAUAAUGCAGAGGCACUCGAUAAGAUUGCUUGGUUAAAUUGGCGUCGCUAUGGAGGUCUAGUGAAGGAGGUGCCUGGUGUGAACUUACUUCAUGUUUACGAACCAGAGGUCAUAGAAGCGGUAUUCCGACAGGACGAUCGUCAUCCAUCGAGACGGAGUCACGUGGCAAUGCUUCACUAUCGGCUGAGCAAGCCGAAUAUGUACAAUACUGGCGGUUUGCUUUCCACGAAUGGCCCCGAUUGGUGGCGUCUCCGUAGUACUUUCCAAAAGAACUUUACAGGUCCGCAAAAUGCAAAGCAAUAUGUAGAGUGUGCGGAUAAGGUUGCAUGUGAAUUUGUUGAUUGGAUAAAGAAAAUUGAGUUGUUACAUGAAGAAGAUUUUCUGAAAUAUCUGAAUAGAUUGUAUCUUGAAGUGAUAGGGGUAGUGGCUAUGAAUGAAAGAUUUAAUAGUUUCUCGAUGGAAGAACAAAAGCCUGAAUCCCGCAGUAGUCGAGUGAUCGCGGCUGCUUUCGGAUCCAACAGUGGCAUUAUGAAACUUGACAAGGGAAUUCUUUGGAGGUUUUUUAAAACACCCUUGUACAAAAGACUUGUUGAAUCUCAACAAUUUUUAGAAAAGAUAUCAACGGAGAUUUUAAUAAACAAAAUAAGCUUUUUUGGCAAAGGAAGGAAAGGCGAAGGCAAUUCACUAUUAGAUUCAUUUCUGAAGCAACCAAACUUAGAUAUAAAAGAUGUUACUGGCAUGAUGGUCGACAUACUUAUGGCAGCUAUUGACACGACUGCUUACUCCACGAGUUUCGCGCUGUACCAUCUUGCUCGCAAUCCAGAUUGUCAGAGGAAAUUGUAUAAUGAAGUUUCAAAGUUAUUAUCACCAAGAAAUACUCUAACUUCUGACGUACUCUCAAAAGCUGUGUACUUAAGGAGUUGCGUGAAAGAGAGCCUGCGACUCAAUCCAGUGUCGGUCGGCGUUGGACGCUUGUUACAAAAAGAUAUUGUACUGAAAGGAUAUCUGAUUCCUCAAGGGACCGUCAUAGUGACCCAGAACAUGGUAGCGUCACGUCUGCCGCAGUACGUGAAAGACCCACUGGUCUUUAAGCCGGAACGUUGGAUACGAGAUUCGUCUCAAUACGAGAACAUACACCCAUUCCUCAGCCUGCCAUUCGGCUUUGGGCCGCGAUCGUGCAUCGCUAGAAGAAUAGCUGAACAAAAUAUGUACAUCAUUCUGUUCCGUUUAGUACAAGAGUUCGAAAUGAAAUGGAUGGGCGGAGAUCUAGGCAUUAGAACGUUGCUUAUCAAUAAACCAGAUAAGCCUAUAUCGUUAUCUUUUACACCGAGGCGUAAAUGAUUUUAUCAAAAUUUUUAUAAUGAUUUGUGAUUAUGUAUUUUUAUUUCAUCUCAAUCGUUUCCAAGAUUUUAAAUCGCUAACAUCGCCAUUUAACAUUUUAUAUAAUUGUCGAUGAGUUAAAAAAGUUUUUAAAUUUGAAAUAAAAAGCAGAAUAAAGUAAACACACCGAUGAUAGUUAAUUUUCGUUUAUUUGUUAAGACAUUUUAGCUACAGCUCAGUAAACAAUGUUACAAUUUUAAAUAAAGGUCAUAAAAUAAAGGUAAUAAUUUAUAAUAACAAUAUUCAACAAUAUAGAUAAUAGUAUACACAGUUAUUAAGUACAUUAAAAUUAAUAUUACAGAAAUAUCCCGUUAAGUUGCUGCAACAAGUUGUCAUUAAGUUGGUUUUGUUUUCGAAUGAAAAAUAUAAUGACAAAUUAUUCGCAACAACUUUUUCUUAUUUCACUUACACCAAGCUAAAGCACCGAUAAAUCAAUCAAUAUACAAACUAUUGUACAAUUAUUUGAUCCACUCCAACGAAGAAAGAAAUACAUAUGUUUAUAGAGUCUAGGGAAAAAAGAUUGUAAUUUAAGGUGAGAAAAUAGUAUUUACAAUUAGUUAAAUCUACUUGAAAAGAUUUGCCUUAGUUAAAAAUAAAAUAGACAGACUUUUUUAAUUAAUUACAAAACAUAACUUUGAUUUUUUAGUUUAAUUUUAUGAUUAUUUUUUAGUAUCUUCUCUAUAAAAAUGUUUACAGAAAAGAAAUUUAAGCUUUAGAAGGAAAAAAACUUAGUAUUCAAAGCGCCUUUCAUAAGUAAAAAAAAUAUAUAUUAUAUUACUAAACAGGCGUAUAAGUUUUACUAUCUUGAUGUAAAUCUAGACUAUUACUUUACAAAAGGCACUUUGAAUGCUAAGUUUAGACAUAAUGAUCUAAUUUUUGAAUAAAGACAUAGUAGGCUUUGCAAUAAAACGCCUACUUGAGUUUGUUCACCUUGAUGAACUCCCGUGAUAGUUCAAUUUAAAAAACCUUUAUCAAAGCUAUUUACUGUAUAAAUUAUGAUAUGGUUUUAUUUACUUUAUAUGAAUAUUCUAAAUACAUAUCUGUUAGUAUUUUAUACAUGUAAGAUGUUAAUUAAAGAGUGCAUUUUAAUAUUCUACGUUCGGUAUUAUUGUUUAAAAUGGCACCGAUAUUCAGCGGUCACGAUAAUUAAGUUUUCUUUAAAAAAAUAUACAUAAACUAAAAUAAUAAAUUAAGUUUAAGAUUA